AUGAUAUCAUGGUACAGCCAGCCUCUGCUACGCACUGCUCAGCACCACUGUUCCGACACAUACGAACAAGUACCGGCCAACAUUGACUCGUUUUGUGCCCGAAAUGGAGCGCGCUACCACCGCGAUUCCGCGAACCGAAUCCUCGACGCUGGAGAUUUUCAGCAAAUCGAGACAAAUCAAGACAUGGCAACUUCAAAGUCCUUGACCCUCACCUUUGACCCUUUCUCCGAGUCCCGCUCGCUACCUCUGCCUCUGGAGUCGCCAUCUCCUCUUUCCCCCACACGUCCUCGACACGACGCGACACGAUACGAUGCAACCUCCUUGUCUUACACCGUCAACGUUGUUCGCUUCGCCGUCUUUGGUCACGUCGUCCGUCGUUCAAUGGCCCAAGAAACGCCGCAGCGCCGAACCAUCCCUGUGGCGAUGGCGCGACAGCCUCAUCGUGGUCCUUGA